AUGGAGGACGACAGCGCGGACGCCAUGUACGAAACCAUCCUUCAGUGGUCAAUGGACGUCAAGGGCGUCGAGCUGUACGAGGCACAGGAGGAGGCCAUCUUGGAGCUGGUGGAGGGUAACAACGUCUUGUUAACAACCCCGACGGGAAGUGGCAAGACGAUGGUGGCCACCGCGGCGAUCGCAGCGGCGACGGCGAGGGGCGACGCCGCGUGGUACACGGCACCGCUCAAGGCUUUAGUCACCGAGAAGUUCUUCCAGCUGGUGAAGGACUUUGGCGCCAAGAACGUGGGUUUGCUCACCGGCGACGCCUCCGUCAACCCCACCGCGCCCAUCAUCUGCUGCACCGCGGAGGUUCUCGCCAACGCGGCCCUUCGCCGGGGCAGGGACCUGGACUGCGGCUUGAUCGUCGCGGACGAGUUUCACUUUUACACCGACCCGGACCGGGGUUGGGCUUGGCAGGUUCCCAUGGUUGAGCUCCCGGACGCGCAGUUCCUCCUGAUGUCCGCCACGUUCGGCGAUACGUCCAAGUUUCAACGGCACUUGGAGCGGAACGCGGCGGGGAGGGACGUCGGGGUCGUGGGCGGCGGGGAGCGGCCGGUGCCCCUGGAGUUUGAGUACCGCGAGACUUCGUUGAUUGAGUCCAUCAAGGAGCUCGUGGACACCGAUCGAGCGCCGGUGUACAUCGUCAACUUCUCGCAGCGCGAGGCGAACGAGCGCGCGCAGGACCUGUGCAGUACCUUGUCCUUGACCGCGGAUGAGAAAAAGGCGCUCAACGCGGAGCUCGAGGGGUUCAAGUUUGACACGCCGGUUGGUAACGAGCUCAGGCGGUACAUCUCCUUUGGCGUGGGCGUCCAUCACGCGGGUCUGCUCCCCAAGUACAGGCUGCUCGUGGAACGUCUCGCGGGCAAGGGUCUGCUGAAGUGCAUAUGCGGGACGGACACCUUGGGCGUCGGCGUGAACGUCCCCAUCCGCGCGGUGCUCUUCACCCAGUUGUGCAAGUUUGACGGUAACAAAACCAGGCUGCUCACCAUACGCGAGUUUCAGCAAAUCGCGGGUCGAGCGGGGCGAAGGGGAUUCGACACCAAGGGGUUCGUGUGGUGCCAAGCUCCCGCGCACGUGGUGGAAAACAAGAGGGCGGAGGCGAAGGCUGCCGCUGCCGCGGCCAAGAGCGGUGGUAAGGCUAAGAAGGUCAAGAAGGCGCAGCCGCCCGACAAGAACUUCGUGAUGUGGAACGAGGACAACUUUCGCCGGAUGGAGACGGGCGUGCCGGAAACUCUGGACUCCUCCUUCCAGGUGACGCACUCGAUGAUCCUCGCGGUUUUGUCGCGCAGGGGCGACGGCAAGCGCUUCCUCCGGGACCUCCUCGUCAACAACCACGAGCCGAAGAUCCGACAACGGAAGCACCAGAGGCGCGCGAUCAGCAUGUACCGCUCGCUCAAGGAUGCCGGAAUCAUCCAGGAGGCUGGAACCAUGGACACGAGCGGCCGGGCUGUGAACCUGGGCUUCGACAUCGGCGACCAGUUUUCGCUGACUCAGCCCCUCUCCCUCUUUGCCGUGGAGUACCUUCCUACCCUACUCAAUGUCCACGGUGAGGAUCACUCCAAGCGGAGCAAGCUCAAGGAUGAACGGUACGCCCUGGACGUGCUCUCCGUCCUCGAGGCUGUGCUCGACACACCUGGCGCGGUGGUCUCUGCGCAGCUUAGCAAGGCCAAGACCAGGGCCGUGAACAAGAUGAAGGGCGAAGGGACCGAGUACGACGCCCGCAUGGCCGUGCUGGAGGAGAUGGACUACCCCAAACCCCUCGCGGAUGAGCUCGAGGCCUACUUUGAACCCUUCAAGCGCAGGCACCCGUACGUGGGGGGUGAGGAGCUCAAGCCCAAAUCCAUCGCCAGGGAGCUAUACGAGUCCGGAUUUGACUUCAACAAGUACGUCACCCACUACGGCCUCAACCGCAGCGAGGGUGCGCUGAUGAGGUACCUGACCGACGCGUACAAGGCCAUGGUACAGAACGUGCCCGAGAGCAUGAAGUCCCCAGCCGUGAUCGACCUGGAGGAGUGGCUGGGCGAGACCAUCCGCAGGGUCGACUCGAGCCUCAUCGACGAGUGGGAGGCUCUCAAGGACCCGGUGGCCGCCGCGCGAGCCGCCGAGGACGAAGCCGCCGCGCUCGCCGCGAUCGGUAUAGGUAAGCAGUCAGGUAAGUUCACGGCGGGACGCGCGUUCCGGGUCAUGGUUCGAAACGCCGCGUUUCGGUGGGUGCAGCUCCUCGCGAUUGGCGAAGAGGAGGACAUGGCGCAGCUCGCGUCCGAGAAUUUACCGCCGCGGGGCCGGGACAACCCGUGGACGAUGGACGAGCUGUACGCCGCCGUCGACCCGUACUGGCGUACGCACGACGCGAUGGACGACGGAUACGAGGCGAGGUCGCCCGACCUGUUCGACGUGAGCGACGAGGGGGCGGACGGCGAGGCGCACUGGCGGGUCGUGCAAAAAAUCAGGGACCCGGCCGGCGACCUGGACUGGUGCGUCGAGGGUGAGGUUGACGUCGAAGCCUCCGAGGAGGAGGGGAGGUUGGUCAUGCGUCUGGUGGAGAUCAGGCAAGAGGGCGCCGUGAGGAAGGAGGAGGAGAAAGUUGUACCGAGCGAGGAGGACAUAUGGGCAGCCUUGGAGGAGGAAGAGGAGUACGAAGAUGAGGACGAGUAGUCGCUGUGAUAGCCUCGCUUAAUGCCUCGCUUAAUUAAAACUACUUUGAACG